ACCCGGCUGGUUUUCCCUGGUCUGUAAAGAUUCCCAGUGAGGCCUUUAAUAAAUCACGGCAGGAAAACAAUGGAAGUGCAUUUGUUGGAGUUUUACGGUUCAAAAACAUGGGGGAAAAUAAAACUUUGAACAAUGAGAGUUAUGGAAUAACGAUGGGAGCCAAUAUCUCCAACCUAACCGACAAUAUUGACAUGAUCAUUAAAAAGAACGAUGGUCUGACCGGUAAUGUGUCCUGCGUUUCUUGGGAUGGAAAAGGAGAAUUUAAAUGGACAACAUUCGGCUGUGAGACAGAAAUCGACAACACCAUCAUAAAGUGUUCCUGCUCACAUCUGACGUUCUUUGCAGUGCUGAUGUCUCGGCCAGAUGUAAACAACACAGUGCCGGAUCUGGAAUCAUUGACUUUAAUCUCUUCUAUCGGCUGCGGCAUCUCCAUGUUUUUUAUGGCCAUCGCUUUAUUCAUGCAUUACCUGCUACGGAAAGCCAAAUCAAAUCAGGCCACAAAGCUCCUGAUGAACAUGUUUGUGGCUUUGUCUCUACUGAAUGCCUCUUUCUUGUCAAACGAGAGCAUCGCUAACACAGGAGACAACGCUGCGUGUGUCUUCAUAGCGCUGCUCCUGCAUUACUCCAUGCUGGCCUCAUUCACCUGGUUCUUCAUUCAAGCUCUUCAUAUGUACUUAUGGCUCAUCAGACAGAACGUCUCCAUCACAAACUACAUGAGGAAGAUCACCGUGUUGGGCUGGGUGUUUCCUGCUCCAAUAGUCAUAGCUAUUGCUUCUUUAGGAGAAUAUAAAAAAGUGAUCAUAAAAUCAACAUCUGAAAAAAUUUCACAAAUGUGCUGGAUUACAAACUCUUACAUUCACUACAUAGUGAACAUCGGCUACUAUGCUUUAGUUUUCAUCUUCACGACAGGAAUCUUCAUCAUGAUCGUCACUAAAGUCGUUCAGGCCAGAAACAUAAAAGCUGUGGAUGGCAAGAGAAAGACGUUCAGAAAGCAGCUGAUGAUGGUGUUGAGUUUGUUCCUGCUCUUCGGUCUGACGUGGUCUGUGGCGUUCUUCAGUUAUGGACCGAUGCUCGUUCCCUCAUAUUACAUAUUCACUGUGCUGAACUCAUUUCAAGGGUUUUUCCUCUUCCUGUAUUACUACUACAUUCACAAUGAUGUUGCGGGUAGUUUCUCUGAUGAUCCUGAAAACACAGACUCCAACACAACCAUUACUCAAUCCAGCAUUAAUGCUGUAGACAAUAUUUAUCACUAACAUAAUUAAGACAGAAUGCUUUCUUUGUCUCAGACUGAUUUGUACAAUAAUUGUUUAAGGGCAAACUGUGCAUUCUCACCAAAAUCAAGCUCAAAAACAACACAAAGACAUAUGUCACAACUCAAAGAGAAAGACAUUUUUAAUAUAGGGACAGUUCACAAAAAUGACUGAAAAAUUCUAACUGAAACUAUAAAUAUGACAGUUAUUACUUAUGUUUGAUUUAUUGAGCUUUAUAAUCAUCCUUCUGUCUACUAUGUGUUAUCAAGUCUGUGUCAAGGCGACUCAAACAACACUGAACAUCUUUUAACAAAACAAAUUCACAUAUUCAGAAAGAAAGCUAAUUAAACAUCAUUCAUCAUCACGAUGGACAUUUGAGUGGCUUUAAAAUUAUUUACUCACGUCAGUCAAACUUGUAAAUGCGUAAAAGCCUUUCAUUAGAUUAGAAGAUAACACAAGUGGGAUUUAUUGUAAAGAUAUAUUGUAUUUUAUUGUUUCUAUGAAAAAUUUUCAAACUUGGCAUUUUCGGUAUGGGAAUCUGAAUGUAAAUAUUGCUAAUACAUGUAAAUAAUGUCAA